UCUGAAUAUCGGGCUUGGUAAAAUAUCCACUUCUUUCCCUACCCGAAUUCUUCUCUGUUUUUCCCCAAUUCCAAAUCCAAAUCGGAAGCUUUCGCCGGCGGAGCUAAAGGUCCUGUAAUCUUCACAUAGAUCCCGGCGUUUGUUGUAGUGGAAGUGUUUCUGGAAUUCACCUAUUUUUUUUCUUUUUACUGUAUGUAGACAUUGUUGUGUGCUUCAAAUAAUUGAGUAUUGAAUUUUGUGAUUGUAAGCACAAGUUGCGCUUAUGGAGAAGGAUUUGAGUGAGAAUAGACAUCGUAGGAGAAGGAACGAUGAGGAUGUGAAGAAAGUCGAGCGGCAACGGCAUAGGGAUAGAAGCAGUUCGGAUGAUGAUGAUGAUGAAAGAGGUGAUAGUAGGGCGAGGAGGCGAGUAAUUGAACGUGAAAAUGGUGAUGAUGGAAGGGGGGAUAGGAGGGCGAGGAGGCGAACAAUUGAACAUGAAAGUGGUGAUGAUGAUGGUGGUGGUGGUAAUAAUGGAAGGGAUGAUAGGAGGUUGUCGAGGCGAAGAACUGAACGUGGAACUAGGGAUGAUAGUGAUGAUGGUUCGAAGCGGAAGAGUCAAAGAGAUGAACGGGAAGAUAGUGCUGAAAGGGGUGAUAGGAGGUCAAAAGAAGAACAGGAAGAAGAAGAUGAUGAUGGUGACAGAGAUAAAACGAGGGAGAGGAGGAGAAAAAGUGAACGGGUUGAUGAUGAUGAGAAGGAUGAUAGGAGGGAGAGAAGACGAAGAAAUGACCGUGAAGAUGAUGCUGGAAGGGAUGACAGAAGACAGAGGAGGCCAAAAGAUGGAAGUGAAGAAGAUGAUGAAAGGAGGGAUGGUAGGAAGGAAAGCAGAAAAAAUGUAAGCCAAGUUGAUGAGGACGUUGAAAGGGAUGAUAGGAGUAGGAGGAAACGAAGACAUGAAGGUGAAGCUGGUGAUGUAAAAGAUGAUAGGAAGGAGAUGAGUCGAAGGAAUGGAGAUGAAAGAAAUGAUAGGAAGGAGAAGAAGCAACGUGAGUCUGAUGAUGAAAAGGUGCAAAAGAGAAGGGAGGGUAGGGUUGAAAGGUAUAAUUAUGGUAGAGAAGGGGAUAGGAAAGAGAAGAGGAGGAAUGUAGAAAGAGAAAAGAAGGAUGAUGGUGAUGACCAUGAUAGAAAGGAUACAAGGCAAAGGGUUGGGGCUGAUAAGCAUGGAAAAGAGAAAAAUAGGGAAGAUAAUACCCAAGAAGAUGGGGCACUGAAAGCCAGUGAGGUUUCCAAGGUGCAAAAGCAAGAUGGUAAUUUGAAUGUCGAUACAGCAAAAUUGGGCAGGAGUGGGGGAGUGUACAUUCCACCAUUCAAAUUGGCUAGGAUGAUGAAGGAGGUUCAGGACAAGAGCAGUGUUGAGUACCAGAGGAUGACUUGGGAUGCUCUGAGAAAGAGUAUCAAUGGACUGGUGAAUAAAGUUAAUGCAGCAAACCUCAAAAACAUAAUUCCAGAGUUGUUCGCAGAGAAUUUAAUUCGAGGGAGGGGUCUGUUUUGUAGAUCCUGUAUGAAGUCCCAAAUGGCUUCUCCGGGUUUUACUGAUGUGUUUGCUGCUUUGGUUGCGGUCGUUAAUACCAAGUUCCCUGAAGUGGGUGAUCUUUUGUUAAGAAGGAUCAUACUGCAGCUGCAAAGAGCUUAUAAACGUAAUGAUAAGCCUCAGCUGUUAGCAGCUGUCAAAUUUAUUGCUCACCUUGUGAACCAACAAAUCGUCCACGAGCUUAUUGCUCUUGAACUACUCACGGUUUUGUUGGAGAAACCUACUGAUGAUAGUGUUGAGGUUGCGGUUGGUUUUGUUACAGAAUGUGGUUCAAUGCUUCAGGACCUCUGUCCACGAGGAUUACAUGGAAUCUUUGAGCGGUUCCGUGGUAUACUUCAUGAAGGAGAAAUAGAUAAACGUGUUCAGUUCUUAAUUGAAAGCCUCUUUGCAUUGCGUAAAGCAAAGUUUCAGGGUUACCAAGCUGUGCGUCCAGAACUUGACCUUGUUGAGCAGGAAGAUCAAUUAACACAUGAAGUUUCUCUCUCAGAUACAAUAGAUCCAGAAAUUACUUUAGGUAUGUCAGUUCUUCCAGCAAAUAGUAGUUCUCUUGGAACAUCCAUCACAACAGAAAUAUGGGUCGAAAUUUUGAAAUUGAACCUUUGUGUCUGCUCUGGGAAUGUUAUAGAAAAGAAUAUGCAGAUGGAAUUGUGCAUAAUGUUAUUGGAGUGCUGCAGUCAGGAGAGGACUUAUCUUCGUUACUAUGGACUACUGGGACAGCGAUUUUGCAUGAUUAACAAAAUUCAUCAAGAAAACUUUGAGAAAUGCUUUGUGCAGCAGUACUCCAUGAUCCACCGGCUCGAAACUAAUAAACUUCGUAACGUGGCCAAGUUUUUUGCUCAUUUGCUCGGCACUGAUGCUCUUCCUUGGCAUGCUUUGGCUUAUAUAAGGCUGACAGAGGAGGACACAACCUCUUCUUCUCGUAUAUUUAUUAAAAUCCUAUUCCAGGAAAUGUCGGAGCACCUUGGCAUCCGCUUGUUGAAUGAGCGUCUUAACGACCCCACCAUGAAUACUACUCGAUAA